AUGGCGACAUUAACCUCAAUCUUGUCGAUUUUAUUAUUCUGUUCGUGUCUUAAAUUUUGCCAUUUAUUUAAAAAUCAUCAUGGAGCAGAAUUGCAACAAAGUGUUAAUUUGGCUAGACAGGAGUACGUUCAGAGGAUGUGCGAUUUUUAUAAAGGAAAUACUGGGAAGAAAUUUGAAGAUUUAACAGGCAAAGAUUUGGAACAUGUUUUAAUUGACAGAGAACGCAAGUUGCUGUAUUGUUAUGUACCCAAGUCACCUCGCACCGCCCUCGUCCUAUUUUCAACCCAUCAUCAUCCCACUCUGGCUUCGCCUUCCUUGCCUUCGUCGUUGAUCGAAAGAAAACACAUGUUGCCACAACCGCCUCAACCGCAUGCCGUCGUCGUCGUCGUUGUGAUGCGAAACACGUCAACUUAUGCGAAUAAUACAUCCAUAAUACAUUACAACAGAGAGAAAAUACACAUUACAGAUGCAUUGACGACGAAGACGACGAUACACUAUACUACACAUCUGAUGAUGACCCAGAUGAUCGAUACGAAACGUCAGUCGGUCGGAGGAGACCCAGUAGCAUGUCUUGUUGCCAAAAAUGAACGCCUACUCCCAACUGUGGCCAAUGGCCAUUUGGGAUACACUUUGACCUCUGAUGCAAUUUAUAUGAACGGUUUGUAUAAUGGUGAAGGUGGUAGAAGUCAUAGGGCCAGAAUUAGGGCCCAUAUAAGGUGUGGGCCAUCAAUGGAAAAUUUUGGAGGAACUUUGGGGAGGAAGAGUUUGGGACAUUUUGAGUUGGAUUUAACAGGACAUUGCACAUCCCAAUGGAAUGCGAUCCAGGACCCACAAGUCAGGACAUACGUUUCGAUCCUACAAAAUCAGGCAUCUUCAACAACGGAAAAAACACGAACCGGCAUCUACAGGGAAUGCGGCGAGACUGCCUUAGCAGAGAACAAAACCUACCAAGAAAGUUUAACACCUGUUUGCGUGUACUGGGUGAAUGCCACGGAUGUUGAAAUCCAACCGCUGGAUGUCGUUGACGUCGUUUUGGUUCAGAGCAUGGAUAAUAAAAGAAAUAUUGCUGAGAAGGAGAUUUUGGAUGUUUUGAAUUUGGCGCCAGAAAAUUUACUAGACUCCCACAUCCAGGCUUGGCAAGAAACUUGGAACGAAGCUCGCAUCGAAAUCGAAGGCGAUUUAAAACUAGCUAAAAUAGUUUAUGGAAGCCUCUAUUACAUUUUGAGCUCACUGCCGUCCACCAGAACGAACCAGAAACCGAUGGAGUUUUAUGGGUUGAGCCCUGGAAGUUUGGCGAGAGGUAGCGAAGUUUUGGAUUAUGAAGGUCAUAAUUUCUGGGAUACAGAAAUUUGGAUGUUCCCAGUAAUUUUACUGCUGCGACCGGAUUUAGCUGAAAUUUUGCUGCAAUAUCGAGCUUCAAAAAAAAUUGCUGCCAAAGAUUUGGCUGCGGAAAUCGGUUGCCGCGGUAUUAGGUUUCCCUGGGAAAGUGCCUUUACAGGCUACGAAACAACACAACCCUGUUGCCCAGAAGUUGCCAAAUAUCAACAUCAUAUCACCGCAGACGUUUCUUUUGCCAUCAGGCAAUACUUGGCAGUUAAAGGACCAGAAGAUCCUUGGAUACAAGAUCACGGGUGUGAUUUGCUGUUGGACAUUGCAGAAUUUUGGAGCUCCAGGGUUGAAUUUAAUACUUCGACUCAAAAAUACGAUAUAAAUUAUGUAAUGGGACCAGAUGAGGAUCAUUUCAACAUCAAUAAUUCUGUAUACACAAAUGUGGCUGCUGGUUUGGCUUUGUAUUUGGGAGAGUACGCAAAAUGCAUUUGUGGACAUUUUUCUAAUUCCCAAAAUUAUGCAGAAAUUGCUAAACACCUAACACUACUAUACGACCAAAAAAAAAAUUAUCAUCCCGAGUUCCAAGGAUUUAAUCCACAAACCGAGAAAAUCAAACAGGCUGAUGUUGUACUUAUUGGAUAUCCUUUGCAGUAUCCAAUGGAAAGUUCUACAAGGAUGAACGAUUUGAAGAUAUAUGGACCAAUAACCAGAGACAGUGGACCAGCAAUGACCUGGGCAAUGCAUUCUAUAAACUAUUUGGAUUUAGGAAUGCACGAUGAAGCCAGAAAGAUGUUCCAGAAAUCCUAUCAGGAUUAUGUCAGGGAACCUUUCAAAGUUUGGAAUGAAAACAGAAGAGCAAACUCAGGCGAUGGUGCUGUUAAUUUCCUAACAGGAAUGGGAGGAUUUCUGCAAACCAUAAUAAAUGGUUAUGCAAUGAUCAGAAUCGAUUUGGAAGGAUUGCACUUUGGUAGAAACGUUGGUGGAGAUGGUUUGAAUAUGUUGCCUGAAAAUGUUACCGGGAUUUAUAUCAAUGGUUUAAAAUAUCAUGGUACGUCCUUUGAAAUUCGUGUAACGACUGGCUUUACAGUUAUUCGUGCAACCAAAGUUAACGAAAAUAAGCCUUUGAAGAUUUUGGAAUUGGAUAAGAGAUUCAAGCUGGUGAAACAGUUCGUAUAAUAAAACCGAU